AUGAACUGUUAUUUGUGGGCAAUAAUAGUAAAUGUUGUGAUUACGAUACCGUUAUCAUUGGCAUUGCCUCGUCGUCAUCAGCUCGCCUUGCAACAUCCUGAAGUAUCAGAACUGCGUGAAGAAGAACAUCGUCAUCUCGAUCCUCUAUCACCCGAAGACGCAAAGAAUUACCUUCAAAAAUAUGGUCAUAUCGCUCCGAGCAAUGUGCUUGGAGCGAAUGUGCUUGGUCGCUCCCGAGCAGAAAAUCGUGAAGACCUCAGAGAGGUUCUCCGCAAAGGAAUAAUGUGCGUUCGUUGCCGCUUUAUUUUCUACUGA